AAUUCAUUUUUAUUUCAUUUUUAAACUUCCUUUCCAUAUUUUCUAGUAAAUUACGUGUAAAGUUAAUAUUAUGUCUGAAAAAACUUUUUCAUUUAAUUUAACUCAGGAAUCACCAUUUCCGAUUGGUUUAAUUAGUAAUUCACCAUGGGAAUUUUGUUCUUUUGAACCCCUCAUUUAUAUUUAUUUUAAUAUAUUAUUUGUUAUAAUUGCUUAUCCAUUAUAUAGAAUUAUAGCAGGAUUUUUUAAUUGGGAGUUAAAUGAUAAAACACCUGCAAAACAUUUUAGUGAUAUUUGGAUUAUGAUAUUAUCAUUUUAUAUUUCAAUAUUUGCAUAUGGACUAUUGGCAGAAGUUCCGUUCACAAAAACAUCAUUACCACGAUGGCGUUAUUGGCCAAUAGGAAUGUGGAAUUUAUUUAUAACAGCGUUUUGUGCUGUUUUAGCAAUGGCCGGAUUUCAUAUUUAUCUUGCCAUAUGUUUAAUGGAAGAAAAUAAAUAUAAAGAAAGAGAUAAUAUAUUCAUAGCUUGGUAUUUAGGAUGUUUAUUAAUACCUCUCAUAUUAAUGAUAUUGGCUUAUAUUGUUAAACAAGAACAAAAUACGCGAAUUUUAACAAGAUGUUAUUUAAAAGUAAUAAGAAUUUUUAAAAGAAAUCAUAAUUAUCAACCAUUACCAACAAAUGAAAAUGAACCAACUGAGAAUCAACAACAACAACAGACUGAAGAAGAAGAAGAAGAUUCUGAUCCCAAACCUUAUCGUGAAUUUGCAAGUAUUCAUCCACAUCAUUGGCAAAUAUUUUAUACUUUGGCUUUUUUUACUAGAUUUAAUCAUCCUGUUUCUCAAGCCGCUGGUGGUAUAACUUUAGCAAUUUAUACUCAAGGAAUUGGAGCAUAUGGACCUGAUAAUUAUCUAACGGAAAGAAUCAAUCCAAUACAAAAUGUUAUCCCAGCAGAGACUUGAGUUUGUCAGAGUUCGACAGAGAUAUACGAAUUGUAGUAUAUAUUAUUAUUAAAGUGGCGAAUAUAUCAGUAAAUUAAAAGUUUCAUACUCAUACUGUACACUGAACAUUACUUUUUUAUGGAAUAUUACCGGACGCGUUAUAUUUGUUAAUAGAACUGUUUUGUCCAAUCGAAAUUAAUAAUGUUGUAUUGUUUCUUAAAAACAUUUUUUUUAAAAAAAAUAUUGUGUUAAGAUGGUUAAAAUUUAUGUAAUAAAUAUGUAUUAAAAAUUAAAAAGAUUUUUAUAAGUA